GUGAACAAGACGUGUGGAUCACGUUGCCCAUAGAUGAGACUGAUUGAGAUACACAUGAAAACAUACGCGUUUGUACGGAGACCUUUAUUUCCUACUGAUUACAAUUAUCUUUAAGGUGAGAACAAAACCGAGUCUCGCACGGGAAGAUGUCAGUCACAUCACAGGACCGAAGAAGCCGGUGGCAGGACAUUGAAGAGGGACUGAAGUUUAUUCAGUCCACCUUGCCUUUUCAUGGCACUCAGGAGCAGUACGAGGAAUUCAUUAAGGCUCUUGUGAGAAAUCUGUUCGCCGAGGGAAAUGACGUGUUCCUUGAAGGCGAAUGGGCGAAAUCUGUUGAAUUACACACAGAGGCCUUAAACAUAGCGGAGUAUGCAGAAUCGGAGGAUAUCGGCACCUCUCAAGAGAUAAAGGAGAAGCUUCACGCUAACCGUGCCGCAUCCUACUUAAACAUUGGGCUGCAUGAUCAAGCCCUGGAAGACUGUGAAAAAGCUCUUCAGCUGAACGAAGGCAACUACAGAGCACUUUACCGGAAAGCUCGGUGUCUGAAAGAACUGGGAAAACAUCAGGCGGCGUAUGACGCUGUGGCUAAAUGCUCGAUGGCAGUGCCUCAGGAUGCUCACGUGAUUGAAAUGACACAGGAGCUCGCCAAAAUGUUGGGCCUGAAAAUCCGUAAGCCUUAUGUGAGAAGCAAGCCUGCCUUGAAUGUUUUGCCUGGCACAAGUCUAUCAGGAGCUGGAAAUGAUAAGCAUUCUCAAAGCUCUGCCUCUGUGGAAUAUAUUGAAAUGGAACUGGGCUCGUCUGUACAGGGUUUGGAAGGCUCAGUCAGCAUGCCGGUGUGUUCUACUGUAAAUGAGAAUAUUGAGGUAGAGUCUCAGCCUAUGGUCGGCGUAAUCUCACCACAGAUCAUUCCAGUUGAAUCCUAUAACCCAGAGCCUGUUCCAUUGCCCAUGCACAUGCCCCUGGUUAAUGGAACCAGACACACUGACUCUUACACAACAGAGACCCGUUUGGACUAUGAUACAGAUAUUAUUGGGGAUGAUCUGGAUGAGCUGUUGGACAGAGCAAGUCCUCCCGAGCCUUCUUUGGAUAUUCCCACAGUAGAUGGACCUAUUCCUUUACCCACCAGUAUUGCUGUCAGUAGUUCCCUGCAAAAUCCUCUCCUCAUGCCCUCCCAUCUGAGUAACCCGUUUAUGACCGUAAAUUUGCCCGCCCCCUACCACAAAACAAUUUCAUCUUAUUCUUUUGGUCUGGACACAUUUUCCUCACCGUUGGAUUCGUUGGAUAAUUUGUCAAUUUCAGAGUCUCAAACAGGGCCAGAUAAAGGUUUUAGCCAGCAUCAUUUCAUGUCGCUGGCCAACAGUGACAUGUCCGUGUCAAGCAUUCCACCCAUCGGGAUGGGUUUCAGCACAUCCGACGGGCCGUACGCACAGCAUUAUCCCCCGCAGCUGGAUCUUGCCAAGAACCCACUUGCUGAUAGCCACGAUUUCAAACAAGCAUGUACUUCAUGCUACAUUAAAACUGGACCUGGAGUACUGGAUUACAGCUACCAUCCAGAGGACCACAAAUGCAAAAAAGAUUUGCUGCUGGGGAGACGUAAGCAUGAUGAGCUCCCAACGUGGAAGCUUAUUCGCCCGAGACCCAAAAACCAGUACAUGGGUCCUUUUUAUGUUUGCAAAGAUGUAGCAAUUGGGGAAGAAUGCAAAUAUCUUGGACACUGUACCUUUGCUUACUGCCAAGAGGAAAUUGAUGUUUGGACGCUGGAACGCAAAGGCUUCAUUUGUAGAGACAAUCUGUGCGAUCCACAUGGACCUAGACCUAAAAUCAAUUUGACCGUUCCAAAAAUCCUACAGGAGCACCAUGGGAUAUUUAUGUUCCUCUGUGAGGUUUGCUUUGAUCACAAACCCAGAAUAAUCAGCAAAACCAAUAAGGACAACCCCGGUCUAUGCUCGCACCCUGUGACAAAGCAUGCAUUUGAGGAAAAGAAGUGCCUUGUGCAUAUUUUGAAGGAUAAAACCGUUAAGUACUCCAAAAUUCGUCCCUACCACAUUGCAGGCCAAAUGGAUUUGUGUAGGCACGAGGUACGUUACGGCUGCCAGCGUGAGGAUUCCUGCUUUUACGCCCACAGCCUCAUCGAGCUUAAAGUGUGGAUGAUGCAGAGUGAACAAGGCAUCUCGCAUGAAAAUAUUGUUCUGGAGUCCCAGAAAUAUUGGAAUAUGAACGCUGCUCCUCAGGAGCUCCCUGCAACCCUGCGCAGAUUUGGCCCGCCCAACCUAAAGAUGCAGUUUGUAUGCGGUCAGUGUUGGAGAAACGGCCAAGUCAUCGAGCCAGACAAAAACAAGAAGUAUUGCAGUGCCAAGGCGAGGCAUCCUUGGUCUAAAGAGAGACGGGUGGUGCUGAUUAGCUCAGUUGAACGGAAGAAGUGGACCACAGUUCGAUCUCUCCCAACAAAAAAGCCUGUUCCUCUGCAGUUUGAAAUUUGCAUGCAUGUGGCAGCUGGUAAAAAAUGUCAGUACAUUGGUAACUGCACAUUUGCGCACAGCACAGAGGAGAGAGAUUUGUGGACCUUCAUGAAGGAGAACAAUAUUUCAGACAUGGAACAGCUGUAUGAGAUGUGGCUACAGUCUCAGAGGCCAGGCUGGAGUGAGGAGACCUUCAACAGUUCUCUGAGGGAGAAUGGCAAACAGAUUCACAUGCCCACAGAUUAUGCUGAGGAAGUGGCUGGAAACCAUUGUUGGUUGUGUGGGAAAAACUGCAACAGCGACAAGCAGUGGCAACAGCACAUCACCUCCGAGAAGCAUAAAGAGCGGGUGUUCAACUCUGAAGAUGAUCAGAGCUGCUGGCAGUAUCGCUUCCCCACUGGCACUUUCAAAGUCUGCGAGCGGUUCCUUAAGGUCACCUGCACGGAGGGGGAACUCUGUAAGCUGGCACAUGGAGAGGAGGAGUUGAAAGAAUGGAGGGACAGACGGGAAUUUCUUUUGAUGAAACUUGCCAAAGCCCGUAAAGAUCACUUAAUAGCACCAAAUGAUGAUGACUUUGGCAAAUAUAGUUUUCUGCUUAAAGAUAUUAUGUAAUGUUUUAAUUAAUUUGACAGUUAACGCGAGGUGUUCUGGAAGUAAAAUGUCUUGGGUUCAGUAUUGAAUCGGGCGAGCAUGGUGUAGCUCUCCGUGGUGGAUGAGACGAUGCUCCUAGAUUUUCGUGAAAGCACAGAGCUGGCCUUGUGUUCUGAGUAAUCACGGCUUUGUUGCUUUUAUCACCGGUUACAGUCAAUGCACCUUCGCCUUUUUAUGUUUCUGUUCUUAACUAGCACACAGAGGAUCACCUUUCAGGGACUGGAAUUCGGAUUUUGUUAUGGAGACCUCAAGCGGUAGGUAUGACAGGAGGUGUAUUAAGAGGCAUGUUGAGAAACUCCUGAGAUUCCCAUGGAAUGUUUACGCCACAGAAUGCUGUCUCCGCUUGUUUGUUCUUUUUUUAUUUUCUAUUUGGCCCUGUAUCUCUGUUCUUUAAAUGAGUAGGUUGUAUGAGUGUUGUUUGUUGGUUUUAUACGGACCAACGUAAACACAACGUUUUUUUCUCAUCUGUUGUUUCUGAGAGAAAAAUUGUAUUAGAGAAAAGAUACCAUCUGUGUGUAUUAAUAAAGGAUUUAAAGAGUGAAGGUUUAUGUCAAGAACCGUUUUGACCACAAAAGGGAUGUUGGAAAAGCGAUUACCUGCUAACUGCACUUCUGUGAUGAUAAUAAAUGCAUUCUGC